AUGGCUAUUCGUAUGGCCAUCCUUGCAGCAGCUCUCUUGGCCUUGGCACUUUCUCAUGGCGCCAUGGCCUCCGAUCCAAGCCUUCUCCAGGACUUCUGCGUCGCAGAUAAACUCUCGCAAGGUAUCUACGUCAAUGGAUUGGCGUGCAAAGACGCAAAGGACAUCGUCGCCGAGGACUUCUUCUUCUCAGGCCUCCACAUGGCCGGCAACACCAGCAACAAGCAGGGCGCCGCUGUGACCGCGGUUAACGUGGCGCAGAUCCCCGGGCUGAACACCAUGGGUAUCUCCUUGGUCCGCAUCGACUACGCGCCCUACGGCCUCAACCCUCACCAUACUCACCCGCGUUCCACCGAGAUCCUGACCGUGCUAGAGGGUUCCCUCUAUGUGGGAUUUGUGACCUCCAACCCCGACAACAAGAUGUUCACCAAGGUUCUCCACAAGGGAGAUGUGUUCGUCUUCCCCAAGGGUCUCAUCCACUUCCAGUUCAAUUAUGGGCCAACGCCCGCGGUAGUCCUUGCAGCGUUGAGCAGCCAGAACCCUGGGGUGAUCACUAUCGCCAAUUCUGUGUUUGGAUCCACCCCGUCCAUCCCGAAUGCGAUUCUCGCCAAGGCCUUUCAGGUGGAGAAGGAAACAGUAGACAUGAUGCAAGCUCAGUUCUGA